AUGGAAGACAACGCGGCGAAGAUCAUCGGCUGCCAUGACAGCCUGCUGACGGACCCCAGGAUCGCGCAGGACUUCAGCGCAGAGACGGAGGAGCUGCUGGCGGAGGCGGAGAGCCUCUUCAAGGUGGGCGAGGGCGAACUGGCCGUGGAGAAGCUCAUCGCGCUGGAGAAGAAGUGCAGGCAGGCGUACGACGGGAACUCGACGAGCAAAAUCGUGCGCUUCAUCCUGAACCAGUAUAAGCAGGCGGGGGACUACCAAAAGAUCAACGAAUACCUGGUAUUCUUCAACAAAAAGAGAGGGCAGCUGAAGAAGACCAUAAUCGAUAUGAUAAACCUGUGUAAGCUGUGGAUCCCCGAGGUGGAGAGCAAAGGGGACAAGCUCAAUCUCAUUAACACCCUGUGCGCGAUAAGCGAGGGGAAAAUCUUCGUAGAAGUAGAGCGCUCGGAAAUUGUGAGGGUGCUCUCCAAGAUGAAGGAGGACGACGGGAACAUUGAAGAAGCAGCCAACAUUUUGCAAGACGUUCAAGUGGAGACAUUCAUUUCGAUGGAAAAAAGGGACAAGACGGAGUAUAUCCUAGAGCAGAUGAGGUUGGUCCUACUGAGGAAGGACUUCAUCCGUUGCCAUGUGAUCAGUCGAAAGAUAAAUCCCGCGUUGUUAAAAGCUCCCGAAUUCGCAGAUUUGAAGCUAAAGUAUUUCAUGUACAUGAUAGAGUACCAUAUUAAUGAGGAGGCGUACGCAGAGGUAGCCAAAUGUUAUGAAGAGCGAUUCAACACAGAACCCGUUUUGGCAGAUGCGAAUUUAUGGGUGGACGAACUAAAAUGCUACAUCAUCUUCUUAGCACUCUCCCCAUUUGAAGAUCAACAGAUAAAGCUACCCAAUUUGCUAAAAACAGAAAAAAAAAAAUUAAAAGAAAUUCCCGUUUUCCAAAAAAUUGUGGAGGACUUCAUCGACAUGGACCUAAUUCAGUGGCCCCUACCCUACGAGGAGGAACUCCUUCAAUUUUACAUUUUUAAAGAUUCUAAAUUUGUUGGUGGGCAGAACCGAUGGAACCUCUUUAAGAAGAAGGUCAUGCACCACAACAUCCACGUCAUUUCAAAUUGCUACUGCCAGAUCUCCCUCCUUCGCUUGGCUCAACUCCUCAACGCAUCUGUGGAAGACUCGGAGAGCUUCCUCUCCGAGCUGGUCUCUAACAAAAUUAUGAAUGCUAAGAUAGACAGACUGCACGGGAUUAUUAAGUUCGGCCAGAAGAAAACUCCCGAGGUGCUCCUCAACGGAUGGUCAUCCCAAAUUAAUCAAAUUUUGAACCUCCUGGAGGAGUCCUCGCACCUCAUACAGAAGGAGCGCAUGCUCCACGAGGCCAAGCUCAAGCGCAUGCAGUUGGAGAGCAAAAAUAUGUCCCUUUAGGGGGGGGAGCCCACCGCGGCGUUUCCCCGUACCGCGGCGUUUCCCCGUACCGCGGCGUUUCCCCGUACCGCGGCGUUUCCCCUUUAACGCGGCGUUUCGCCUCAACCGCUGCGUUUCGCCUCAACCGCUGCGAAUGUUGUGGGUACCCCUGCACCUCGAGGCGAACCUCUGCGCCGCCUCGUGCCACCCGUUGAGCGGACCGCACACCUUACCAAAUGAAGUGGGCGCAUAAAUGGGGAGGCUCCCUUCUCCGGGGUGCUACAUUUUUUUUUUUUUUUUUUUUUUACGCGAUGGCAACUUCGCAUUGGACGACAAAACCGGUGGGGAGGAUUCCCCCAAACGUACUGCCUCCUC